AAACACGCAUCCAAAAUGAAAAUUUUUAAAAAAUGUGCAAAAUGCGUAAUCAAUGAAAUCCAGUGGAAGAAUUUCGGAUUUGAGCAUUCGAAUCCGGAGGAAUUUGUUAAAUCAAAGUGGCAAAAAGGAGCUAAAAGUCUUCCUUACCUCCUCUUUCGAUGGAUUCUCGCCAUAUUUUUCGUGGGAUUAUUUGCCGUUUGUAUGUCACUGCAGUUUUUUGGUGGAAAAAUGUUCAUCUAUUUAACAAAUUGGGGAUUGACCUUGUGUGUGGUGACAAAUGUUAUAGCCGCUUUAAUUGUCACACAAUGGUAUUUCAAUAUUGGUAAUAUGCCAGGUGAAAUUGUAAAUAAAUCCUUUGAAUCGAAAACACCGAGACUAUUGAAAUUUUAUUGGCUUGUUCAUUGUAUAACAUUGCAUUUGGCCUUGGUUGUAACAACAAUGUAUUGGGCAUUUAUUUAUGGAAAGCAAAAAAAAGAAAACAGAUAUCCAGCGAUAAGCUUCACAACACACACAUUCAAUUCGAUAUUUAUGGUGGCUGAUUUUAUUGUGGUUGGGUUUCCGGUGCGAAUAUUGCAUAGUUUCUACACAAUGAUGUUUCCUAUAUUCUACUGCUUUUGUACAGUGAUCUAUUAUCAUUUAGGAGGUUUGGAUGAAUGUGGAAACCAUUUUAUCUAUCCCAUUUUAGACUGGACAAAACCUAUAAUCGGAAUGACAACGUUUGGUGGAGUCUUCAUUUUAUAUUGUAUCUGUACAAUUCUUACAUUUGCUGGCUAUCAUAUAAAAUCAUUUUUGCAUAAAAAGCUCCAAAGUUUCCUUAAGACACACUCAAGUGAUUUAGUUUAAGAUUCUAUGUUAAUAGUUUUUAUUAUUUCUUUUUUAAAUAUAUUUAGAGUUCCUUUUUGGUAAAUUUAAUUAGAGAUAAGCUUUGGAUUCUAUUUUUUAGCUUAAGGCAGGAAAAGAAAAACAUGUACUCACUUUAUAAACCUAAUUCAUACAUUUAUAUAGAUUUUAUGCUAAAUAUGAUAAAGUCAUAUUUAAACGUAUUUCAAAUCAUUUUAUGCGUAAAUGAAACAAAAGAAUUUAAGCCAUUUAUACCUAUUUACAUUUAAUAUAAGUUACAACAUUAUGUAUAUUAAACAAAUAAACAAUUAAAGAACAAUUUAAAUAUCAA